AUGGAUGUACAAGUGGCCAAGCAGCGAGGCAGGGUUCCACUAUAUGGUUUAAGUGGAUACCAUCAGAGCUCAGCAGUGAGGCAGGGUUCCACAUAUGGUUUAAGUGGAUACCAUCAGAGCUCAAAAGUGAGGCAGGGUUCCACAUAUGGUUUAAGUGGACACCAUCAGAGCUCAGCAGUGAGGCAGGGUUCCACAUAUGGUUUAAGUGGACACCAUCAGAGCUCAGCAGUGAGGCAGGGUUCCACAUAUGGUUUGAGUGGAUACCAUCAGAGCUUAGCAGUGAGGCAGGGUUCCACAUAUGGUUUAAGUGGAUACCAUCAGAGCUCAAAAGUGAGGCAGGGUUCCACAUAUGGUUUAAGUGGACACCAUCAGAGCUCAGCAGUGAGGCAGGGUUCCACAUAUGGUUUAAGUGGACACCAUCAGAGCUCAGCAGUGAGGCAGGGUUCCACAUAUGGUUUGAGUGGAUACCAUCAGAGCUUAGCAGUGAGGCAGGGUUCCACAUAUGGUUUAAGUGGAUACCAUCAGAGCUCAAAAGUGAGGCAGGGUUCCACAUAUGGUUUAAGUGGACACCAUCAGAGCUCAGCAGUGAGGCAGGGUUCCACAUAUGGUUUAAGUGGACACCAUCAGAGCUCAGCAGUGAGGCAGGGUUCCACAUAUGGUUUAAGUGGAUACCAUCAGAGCUCAGCAGUGAGGCAGGGUUCCACAUAUGGUUUAAGUGGAUACCAUCAGAGCUCAGCAGUGAGGCAGGGUUCCACAUAUGGUUUAAGUGGAUACCAUCAGAGCUCAGCAGUGAGGCAGGGUUCCACAUAUGGUUUAAGUGGAUACCAUCAGAGCUCAGCAGUGAGGCAGGGUUCCACUAUAUGGUUUGAGUGGAUACCAUCAGAGCUCAGCAGUGAGGCAGGGUUCCACAUAUGGUUUAAGUGGAUACCAUCAGAGCUCAGCAGUGAGGCAGGGUUCCACAUAUGGUUUGAGUGGACACCAUCAAAGCUCAUCAGCGAGGCAGUGUACCAUCACAUGUUAAUUGACACAGAAAUGACGGGUCUAGAUUACCCAUCACCAACUGGUCCUGAGUAUACCCCCAUCACCCACUAA